GUGGGUGGGUAGGGAGAGAUGGGGGGUUGUGUUUCAAGACCAGAUGGUUGUGCUGGAGGUAGAUUAGGUGGUUCAAGGAGAAAGAGUAGGAAGAGAAGAAAAGCUGUAAAGAAAAGGGUGUCUUCUCAUGUAUCAGAUCGAUCAGCAGCUGAUAAAGUUGACAAGUCUUUCCCUUUGGAUCGUUCUUUCAAUAAUCCCGCUUUUAAUGGAAGUACUGAAGAAGCUUGGUUUGAUUCUUCUGCAAGAUUUGAAUCUGAUGGCAGUGAUGAAGAUUUCCAGAGUGUUGCUGAUGAUGUGCUUUCUCUCAACGGCUCUGAUUGUGGGCGGACUAGUGUUGCUUCAGCAACAGAUGUCCACCAUGGGGAUGUUGAUGUCAAUGCCCACCACAGGUUAUCCUCCGACCUGCAGAGGCAAGGAGAAUUAUCAACAAGCAAUCCUGCUUGUAGCUCUGAUAGUGGUUCAGCUAAAACGUCAAUCAACCCAAGCAGUAUGUUGCGUCCAAAAGAUGCAGACUCAAAAAUGAGACUUGAUGGACCUCACAGUGAGGUACAACCUGUGUUCCUUGAUGAAAUCUCUUCCUCUGCUAAUGGAAGCAGUAGAAGGGAGGAUGGCUUGUUGGAUAACUGUGGAAUUCUUUCAAACAACUGUUUGCCCUGUCUUGCAUCCACGGUUGCACCAGUUGAGAAGAGACAAUCUCUUAGCGCUAGUUCUCCAAGUGCAAAGAAGAAAGCUGCCAUAAAACUUCCUUUCAAAUGGAAAGAAGAAAAUCCUGUUGCUGCUUUACUUUCAUCUAAAGCCCUGCUUCAAAGACCAAUAGCUGGUUCCCAAGUACCAGUUUGCCGGUUGGAGAAGAAAAUGGCUGAUAGUUGGUCCCAUAUUGAACCGGGCACUUUCAGGGUUCGAGGAGAAAACUACUUCAGGGAUAAAAAGAAGGUGUUUGCUUCAAAUUAUGCAGCAUAUUAUCCUUUUGGAGUUGAUGUAUUUUUAAGCCAGAGAAAAAUAUUUCAUAUUGCCCGACUUGUGGAACUUCCUUUCAUUGAACAAUCUGGAACACUUCCUCCCAUCCUUGUUGUGAAUGUUCAGAUCCCGUUAUAUCCUACCUCAAUUUUUCAAGGUGAAACUGAUGGUGAAGGGAUGAGUUUUGUUUUGUAUUUUAAGCUUUCAGAAAGUUACGCCAAGGAACUUCCUCCUCAUUUUCAAGAGAGUAUCAAGAGGCUGAUUGAUGAUGAAGUGGAAAAAGUAAAGGCUUUUCCUGUUGAACAUACUGCACCCUUUAGGGAACGAUUGAAGAUAUUAGGUCGUGUAGCAAAUAUGGAGGAACUCCCAUUAAGUGCAGCAGAGAGGAAGCUUAUGCAUGCCUACAAUGAAAAACCUGUUCUUUCACGUCCUCAACACGAGUUUUACAAGGGAGAGAAUUACUUUGAGAUUGACAUAGAUAUGCAUAGAUUCAGUUACAUCUCUAGGAAGGGUUUUGAAACAUUCCUAGAUAGACUAAAGCUCUGUUGCUUGGAUGUUGGGCUAACAAUUCAGGGAAACAAAGUUGAAGAAUUGCCGGAGCAGGUUUUAUGUUGUGUACGGUUAAAUGAAAUUGACUAUGCGAAUUAUCAGCAACUGGGGUUGGAAUAGAGAGCCCUUUGAAUUAGCUGCACAGACAUUGCAAAUAAAGAAGUAACUUAGAGAAGUUCAGUUCUCCCUCGCUUUUGGUGCCUACCUCUCUCUGUCUCAUUCUAUCCCCGAUUAUCAAAAUCUUCAAUAUCAGGCAGAUUAUGAGUGUAGCAGGUUCAACGGGAACUGUUGAGGAUGAUUCUCACAUUCAGAUCACCAUACAGAUCCUCCUUGGACUUGCCUGUUUGGGGCCAACUCCUAUGUCACCUAGCCUUUUAUGACAUGAGUUCUGGACAAGUCAAUAGCUUACAUAAGCUAUAUAUGUGUAUGAAUUCAUGGACAACAUUGAGAUAUCAUUUAAUGGAAUCGAUUCUAAUGCAUUCUUUUUGUUUGCUAAUGAA